CUCGGCAGCGGCAAACACGCGUCGCCGCAUCGCAGGUGGAGAAAUCUAUUCGGAUCUCGAUCCCCUGAUGGCGCCCCAGCCGCGAACGGCCGACGACGCACGCCAAUGGUGCUUCUGACUGGUGAGGUGACCAAGGGACCUCCUCGAUUCGGCCACACCGACCGUCGCCGGCGGUUCGCUAGUGGCCGCGAUUCGCCAGCGCGCACAACUCAAGUGGCCUCCAGUUCAUAAAGGUGAGGAAGAAACGAGCCCACCAAAUUCGUUUUUGCGUGGGAGGCGUUCGGUUGUCAAGCAGGCAUCGAACACUUCGCCGCUUCGAAAGGCGAAGGGCACAUUGCUAGAUUGAGCAUACGUUCUUUUCUCUCUCUUUUUUUGUUUACUUUCUCUCUUUUUUUGCGUGGGAGGCGUUCGGGGGUCAAGCAGGCAUCGAACACUUCGCCGCUUCGAAAGGCGAAGGGCACAUUGCUAGAUUGAGCAUACGUUCUUUUUUCUCUCUUUUUUUGUUUACUUUUUCUUCAGAUUGAUGCAAUUGCCAUGCUGCUGCAGAAUUAUGGGCUCACGAAACUAGUUUCUGGUUUCUUUAUUUAAUUUAGUUCCCAGUGCGGCCACUGGUGGAAAAGAAAUCAAGAGCCUGGUGAAGUACAAGCAAGAAAUCCCAUCUGAGAGCUGGAAUCACGAACCCUGCAAGUUAUUUUCUUCUGGGUGAAUUCCACCCACACACACAAACACGCAGAAUAACGAGUGAAACAGCAUUCUGUGUAUCGCAGAAUUGAUAUCAUAAAAUAUUUUCCUUCUUUAAUUUUCCAUCGCUAAUGCAGGGAAUCAUGCAAAGUCGGUGAGGCAAGAGGCCGGAGAUCAGGAAAAAGAUUGAUCGCGUCAUGUUUCCUUUGUGCGUGAAUUGGCUCCAGUGGGUCAGAGAAUCGAGUUCCCCUGGUUGCUUUCAGGUCUCCUCAACCGUUAACGCUGCUGCCUGCUUGCGACCAGUGGCUGGUUUGGCCUUGGCAUCCUUUGUUCCAUUCAUCCUAUAAAUUGGCAGGUGGGUGUUUCUUCUUGUCUUAAUAAGCCCACAACGCGGUAGCAGACGGGUAGUAGUAGGAGGCGUAAGCUCAGUUCUCCGUCUCUCAAGUGUUUGCGCCUAUUUGCGCAACUAAAAAUGAGCAUCAAAAGCAUUAAUGGGAAGAUUCCCAUAGUGGUUGGGCCUUGGGGAGGGACAGGAGGAUACCCUUGGGAUGACGGUGUGUACUCGACAAUACGCCAGAUUGUGAUCACCCAUGGUGCAGCUAUCGACUCGAUAAGGAUCGAGUAUGACCUGAAAGGAACCUCAGUCUGGUCAGAGACGCACGGUGGUACUGACGGAGGCUCCGGAACUGAUAAGGUCAAGCUAGAUUUUCCUGAUGAGAUCCUUCUGUCUGUAAGUGGUUACUAUGGAUCAGUCUGCGGGACUCCGGUUAUCAUAAGAUCGCUGACAUUUCAAAGCAACCGUUCAAAGUACGGGCCUUUCGGCACUGAAGAUGGGACGCCUUUCUCACUUCCAGUGAGCAGCGGCAAGAUUAUUGGAUUUUGUGGACGGUCUGGGUCGUAUCUCAACUCAAUAGGCUUUUAUCUGAAGCAAGUGCAUGUUCCAAGUCCAUUGAAUUCUCCAGCCUCACCUGGAAGCCUCCCAAGUGCAUAUGGUAGAAAUGGUUAUAGCUUAACUGAGGGUGGUCCUGGGCAUGAGAACAUGGUACUUGCUGUGCGAGAUAGAGGUGACAGCUAUGCUGUUUAUGCUAGCAAUCACCCCAAGCAGCAGUAUACGAAUCCAUCCCCAAACUACAAUGAUGGAGCUCUCUGGAGUAAGAUGGUUUCUUUUCCUAGUUACUACGGAGAGAAAGGAGCUGCAGCUGUGAACAGCCCUCAGACAUAUGGUCCCUGGGGUGGAAGUGGUGGCACCAUCUUUGAUGAUGGCGUGUACACCGGUGUGUGGCAGAUCAAUUUGACACGCGCAGUUGGGAUUUCUUCUAUGAAGGUGUUGUAUGACCGAAACGGGCAGGCAGUAUGGGGCAACAAGCAUGGAUUCAGUGGAGGUGUUUCACCUGACAAGAUAGUAUUCGAUUUCCCAUCAGAGGUGUUGACUCAUAUAACUGGGUUCCAUGGUUCAGCGAUAAUCAUGGGCCCAACCGUGAUUAGAUCGCUCACGUUCCACACGAACAAGCGGACUUACGGACCAUAUGGGGAUGAGUGUGGCACAUACUUCUCCACCAAUUUCACCAAUGGAAGGAUAGUAGGAUUUCAUGGCAGGGAGGGGUGGUACAUCGAUGGCAUUGGAGUUCAUGUUCAGGAAGGCAAGGUAGCACCACAGCGAUUUAGAAGCACACCAAGGACUGCGACGAGCCCAUCUUUGCAUUACAACAUGCUUGCCCAAGCGCAAAGUGAUACCGACGAUGAGGUUGCUUAUGGCAUGGUGAAAGAACCGGUUCCAAUGGGACCAGGGCCCUGGGGCGGGGAGGGAGGCCGGCCAUGGGACGAUGGCGUUUACACCGGGGUGAAACAAAUCUAUGUCAUGAGAGGCACGUUCAUCGGGUCGAUACAGAUCGAGUACGACAGGGGUGGCCACUCCAUCUGGUCUGCAAGGCAUGGGAACAGUGGCCACAUAACCCACAGGGUUAAGCUAGACUACCCCCACGAGGUGUUGACAUGCGUGUACGGCUACUACAACAACUACAGGGAGGAAGGGCCUCGGGUCCUGAGGUCGCUCACGUUCAUCACCAACCGGGGCAAGUACGGGCCAUUCGGCGACGAGGCCGGCGCCUUCUUCUCGUCGGCGACGACGGAGGGGAAGGUGGUCGGGUUCCACGGCCGGAGCGGGCAGCACCUGGACGCCAUCGGCGUGCACAUGCAGCACUGGCUCGGGGACAGGAGGCCUGCCCCCAAAUAUGUGCUGUCCAAGUACCUCUUCUGAUCAAUUGACAUGAACUUUCAGCUAUACAAGACGUGAUUUUGAGCAUCUUAGUUUGGAGGCAGCAUUUGAGUUCAUUCCCUGUAUUCAGGCGUACGUAUUGAAUGAGUGAUUCUUGCAUAAUUCUGCCCUGGUUUUGUGAUUCGUCGUUCAAA